AUGAAGCUAACGUUUCUCAUACCUGAACUGAAAGUUUUUACUCGUGCGGUAUCGGCUUUGGGCAAACUUGGUGAUGAACUGUACUUUGAAUGUAGUCCCCACGAAUUCAGUCUGAGAUGUGUCAAUUCAUCACGUUCGGCUUUUGCCGUCGUCUUUUUUUCUGAGUGUUUCUUUGAGAAGGCCUCUGGACUCACCGAAGUUGCCCUUCGUUUCAAACUAAGCGCCAAGACUUGUUGUAAAAUUUUCAAGCAGACUACGGCUUGGGUUAAAGUUGUCCAAAAGUGUAAAAUGCGCCUUGAUGAAAAUAACGAUAGACUUAUUGUGCAAUUCUUUCAAAGGCAUGGAAUCGUCAAAACGUACAACCUCCCCAUAAUUGAGUGUGAGAGUCUUGAGGCUGUGUAUAAUGUGGAGGAUGCGACUUCCCAGAUGACAAUUUCUUCAAAGGUAGUGGGUGAAAUCUUGAGUAAUUUCCGACCGAACCAGACUGAAGUGACUAUGGUUCUGCAGGAGGGCGAAUGUGUCUUUCAGAACUAUGUCGCCGACUCCGACUUUUCAGCUAUUCUUACACACGUUCCGAUAUCGUCCAGUGAAUUUGACAUCUAUCGUUUGGGUGAAGAAUGUGAUCUAACGUUUUGUUUGAAGGAUUUCAGGGCAGCUGUAGCUUUCGGCGAAUCGAUGAACUCUAUAGUGUCCGUUCACUGUAGUCGCCCUGGCAAGCCCUUGGUUCUCACAUGCACCGACAACAAUCGAUUUAAAGCCCAUUUUGUUCUUGCUUCCUUGCCGUCAGCUCACACUCCAAAACAGCCUCCAGUGCAUCCCAUCUCCAACACGUCUUCACAUUUUAAAUCUAUGAACACGGUAUCUGCGACACCCAGCUCAUCACGCGUAAAAAAAUCAAAUCUGCAAUCAAGUGACACGGCGCUUAUGGCUCCCACUCAAGUCCUCCAAUCGUCCGAAACCGGCAUCGCCAGAACACAUUUCGAAGCUCGGUCAGUGCUUUUCUCGCGUUCGGGCGGCGAGGACGCCGAGGACACCUUCUUCCGCAACCCACCUCCAGCUCAGCCGGCUGUUCCUUUGUGUGAAGAUCUCUUUGAGAACGUGGACAUGGACGUGUCAUUCAGCGCUGCCCAAUGUGACACAGACGCAAGGUCCAACUGCAGGCCAUCGUCAACUCGGCUAAUUGACGCCAAAGCUGCUGCAACCUCAGGCUGGGACAACGCCGACAGUCUCCGUGCUCUUGCUGUCGCCGAUGCCGACUGCGGGAGGAAGUCAAAUGCGACGUUGUUGGUCGCUGACUCAGAUGAAGAAGGUUGA